AUCGAUUGGUUUAUCUUAUUGUUUGAGAUGAGAUUAGGAGGUUUGGUGGUGUUUUCUUUCACCAGCAGAGGGCCACAGUGAGACAGGUGAGUGAUACAUAAAGAAAAAUCUGUCUUUUAUAAAACCAAACUGAUUUGAAUUCCUCUCACAAGUUUCCUUCCGGGUGCUUCUCCAGAUCCACAACCUUUAAAUAUUCCAGGUCUGAAUGCUGCUGCUGCUUUCCUGGAGGAUUUAGGUUUUUGUUUUUCUGUCUGUCUCUCCAUAUCUGGUUUAGGUUAGGAUCUCACAGGCAGCUCUGAUUGGUUUAAAGUUUGGACUGAAGGGUUUGUUUUUCACCACACCCUGUAAUAAAUCUUAUUCCACGCAUUUCUCUGCGGAUCAGCCCCGGGCGCACUAACGGGACACAGCAGGAUUACUUUUUUAAUUUCUUCAAAUUUGUAACAGAUUCGGAUCUUAAAAUACUUUUUUAUUUAAAUCCCAUUUGGAAAAAUAUCACAUUUCAUUGUAAGUGAGGACCGCAGAGAGCUCUUGGAGAACUACAACCUGAGGAUACAAACACAUCUGGAGAAACACAUAUUAGUUUUUCAGCCUCUGGAACCAUAAAACAAGACUUUUUAAUUUAACACAACUGCAGAGAGAGAAAGAAAAUAUAUUUAAACACUAAUCUGUUUCUAAAAUUCUCGCAUUGUUUAAGAAAGUGUGAUUCUUUUUGUCGGAGCGGAGCGCGUAAAUACGCACGGCGGCGGCUCCAUGGCGCACAUGUGCAGGCAGAUCACCGGCAGCGCGGCGAGCUGUGCGGGCUGGGUCGGCAUCAUCGUGGCCACGGCCACCAACGACUGGGUUCGGACCUGCGACUACACGGUGGCCACCUGCGUCCGGAUGGACGAGCUGGGCUCCCGGGGACUGUGGGCAGAGUGCGUCAUCUCCCCGGCGCUUUAUCACUGCGUGGCCCUGAACCAGAUCCUCAGCCUGCCCGCCUACGUGCAGACCUCUCGUGCCCUGAUGAUCUCCGCGUGCCUGAUGGGCCUCCCUGCCAUGCUGCUCGUGCUCAUGUCGAUGCCCUGCGUCAGGCUGCAGAACGACACCUCCGCCAUCAAGCUGCGCCGCGCCCGCGUGGGAGGCGUCCUCUUCAUCCUCAUCGCCGUGUGUGGCAUCAUAUCGACUGUCUGGUUCCCCAUCGGCGCUCACCAAGAGGAGCGUCUGAUGUCGUUUGGCUUCUCCCUGUACGCCGGCUGGGUUGGCUCCGCUCUCUGUCUCCUGGGUGGCUCCGUGAUCUUGUGUUGCCACGGCACCGACCCGUGGCCCCCGAGCAGAGAGAACAGCUUCUACUACUCCAGACAGGGGGGCACGGCCAUGUCGCUGGACCCCCCCGCCAACCACGCCAAGAGUGCACGGGUGUGAAAGAUGUGGUUCUCAGACUGUAGAUCAAUCUGUAAUCACAGUCUGUGUGUUUCUUUUGUUUUUACAUUCAGCUGAGACAAGUUUGAGAAUGAUUUCUAAUGUGUGAACAUGAAGAUGUUUAUAGAAAUAAUCUGAUUGGUUGGUCAGAUAAAAUCAACGUGCUGCAUUACAAAAUCAUGACUCAGAUUUAAAGUUAGUUUAGUUAAAAACACUAAAUUCUUUUUCAACCUGGACUUCACAUGUUUUUGUUUCUAAGGGACUAAUGGAGACAACCAUAUUUGAAACUGGUCCAGUAUUGAAUGUAUGUCCAAUAAAAGUGUGUGACUUUGCUUUCAAAUUAACAUUAAUGCUAAGAGGGUUACCAAAGCUUGGUUAAUCCAGCAACAACUGUAGAACCUGUAGUUUUUAAAUAUGUGUUUUUUUAUAUUCUGUUUACCCUCUUUAUACCUUUCUGUCUUUACCUUUUUAUUUUUAUAAAUUCACUUCCAGGGACGGGUGUUGCAAAUCAGCAGCCGCUGUGAACACUAUGAUACUUACUAUACUUACUUAUGAUACGUCUGAUAGCUGUUUUCAGUCUGUCUGUGUGUACUGUAUCUGUCCCAGUCAAACAAACAAAGUCACACAAACUAACCAAGCGGGGCAGUUGUAGACCGGCAACUUCUGUGUUCUGGGAGGUCAAAUUACUGUUUUUUCCAAUGGAGUCUGGUGGCUUUGAGUGGAGCGAUGUAACAGCUGUUUCUUGGUUAAAACAAAAAGGAUCUCACUCUUUCACAAAAAGGUCUAUCUCUUAUUGGAUCAGUUUAAAAAAAUAGUCACACAAAGACAUUGGGUCCAGGUUGAAAAAUACUGAAGGUUUCCUUUAAAUAACAUACUAACAGCAUUUUGCAGUCAUGAUAAACUAAAAGGUGUAACUAUGUUCUUAAAUGUGCUUUUUAGGUGUGAACUAGCUCGACAGCACUAGUUAUUAAUGUAACCACUUACACUUCUUUGCUUUACAUGGCUUGAAAAUAGUAAACUGUUGCUUUCCUUUAUUAAUGAGCUCCUGUCAUUUUUGACUUUAAUGUUCACACUUUAAACAGCAUUAAAACAUUUCCACAAUAUGACCUUUUUGUUAACAAAGACAGAGAUAACCUGCUGUCAUCUAACCCCACACAAAUAGGUUGUUUUAUGUACCAAUAACUAUCACUUUUUGCAAUUUUAGACUUCAUAUUCACAGUAUAAUCAAUAUCUAUCAACUGUGUAACUGUAUUGUAAGAUUUCUGGCUGG